AAUUGAUGAAAUGAGUGACAGUAAUAGUAGUGAAUCAUCAAUGACUCUUCCAUUAUGACUCUUCCUAUUUUGACACUUUUUACAAUAUCGCUAUCAAUCGCCAUAUGCAAUUACGCAAUCGCAUGGAACGCAUAAGCUGCUGCAACUCAAACUUGAGGUAGCUGAUGCGUGUAUUAUGCGCUGCAGGUGGUGGGGAUCUAGGGAAUUCUAAGCGCUGUUCAUGCGCGCAUUGAGUGAAACGGAACGUUUUCUAUGUAAUUCGUGCGCAUAAUGUGCGAAACGGAACGCAACCAUUACUUCAUGAGAUGAAAUGUAUAAUGUAUAGUCUGGUAUAGUUGAGAUGUGUUUAAAUCAUGGACAGAAUGUUUUAGAAUUCUUCGUUGUGUCUAGUGUUUGUUCUGCUAUUUUUUUAUUAUGAAAAGACGUCAGAGGAGACCGGUUUUAACGUUGAAUAAGCCACAAAGCAAUUAUCACAUUGAGCAUACGCAAAAUAGAACCAAGCCAGUGAACAAUAUACAAUCUAUGCAGAAUGAGGCUAAUAAUCCAUUGGCCAAUUUAUUAUGCCAAUACAAUUCAGACAGUGACACAGAGGAUCCUAAAAAGGAUGCACAGAAAUUGGAUGACCAAGUCAAUGACUUCCUUAAAGAAAUUCAACUUAUUGCACCAGAACAAUCUAUUUCGAAUACUGCUAAUGAUCCAAACUUAGCAACUAAGGCAACUUCACAAUCUAUACAUCAUAGUCAGCAAUCAUUGUGGCAAGAGUGUUAUGAUGAAUCUACUGGUUAUCCUUAUUAUUGGCAUACUGAAACCAACGAGGUGACAUGGGAUAUGCCAGAGGAAUUACGCUUGAUAAGAAAACAAUUCGAGAUAGGAUCUGGAGUAAAACAUUCAGCCCAAGGAUCUCAUUGGGUAGACUUUUCGUCUAUUGCAUAUCGACAGUCACAAGCAAAUAUACCAGAAGGCAUGAUACCACAGGAGGUGGUAGCGAGAAAUCGCAAUAGAUUUAUGUGCAGUGAAAGUUCUAAGAAGAAUAAUUUGGAAAGCAAAUUGGAAAUUAAGAAGGAAUCUCCUACGAAGGACGAUGAUUCGGAUGAUGGACGGAUAGAGAUGAUAACAUCUUUUGGUAGCGAUGGAAGCGACUCAGAAGAUGAAAAUAAUUCAUUAGAUGAGAAAAAAGCAUCGACGCUUCCAUCUGAAUCGAGAAAUUCGAAUACUGAGAAGCCAUACCCGAAAAGCGGUGAAAUCGGACCUGCCUUGUGUCCAACAAGAAUGCAAUUGCCUACCAAAAAUGUUUCUUGUUCAUAUAAAUCUGACCCAAUUAACAUAUCAAACUCUACUCAAAGUCAAUCUGAACAAUCUGACGAGCGCAAGAUAACUGAAUCUGACAGCAAGAGUAGUAUAAUACAAGAAAAAGAAUUUUCCAAGCCAGAUAAAAAUAGAAAAGAUAUUAAUAUACAUAUUGCAAUUCCGAAACUAGACAUUAACGUUUCUUUAGUACCUGGUUAUGGGGAUGAUUCAGAUGGAGAAGAAGAAGUUAAACCUAAACAAGAAAUAAAACCUUUGUUCCCGAUUGCACAAAAUGAAGAACACGCAAAUAUAAUAAGCUCGUUAAAAAGUACUCACAGUGCUUUUGUGAAAAAUUCGAGUAAUCUACAAACUUCCGAUCAGUGUAAUGACAACAAUGAAGAUGCUCCAGAAACGAAAAAUGAUCCGGAAAAAACAGACGAGAAAGACUCGAAGACAGAAGAAGAUAAGUCUAAGACAAAUAUAUUUCUCGAGGACAUGCAAAUGUGUGGCAAGGCCUUUCAGAGAAAAAAGAGAAUAGCAUUUGAUGUUACGUCCACUAAAGUUAAACAACAUAAUGUUUAUCAUGAGAAUAUAGUUCAAGAUGAUAAUAGUAAUGCCACAAGCAGUGAAACUAUCUCACGCAACAUCGAGGACAACGAUAUGGGAAUGCAAUCAGGUACAGAAAACCAAAAAGAGAGUGAUGAAGUGCGCGAAGAGACAGAACAGUGCGUUAGUGUUAAAAGUGAUGAAAAGCUUGAUUCCAAAGAGGAAUCAUGUGAUUCCGAAGUAUCUACAGAACGUAAAACAGCAUCAAAUGUAGAGGAAGAAAAAGAUAAUACUGAGGUGAAUGAUUUGUCUCAGAUUAUAACAGAAAAAUUGAAGUUUCUUUCCGAAGGAAGGGAAAGCGUUUCUGCUGUUCCAACGAUGCAAAUUCAACUACAAACAUUAUCCAUUGCAUGGACGGCAGGUAGCUUAGAGGAAAGUUACUUUCAAAAGUGGCUGACUAGUACAAAUCAUGAAUUGGAAAGAUUAGAACAAGAUGUUGCACCAGCUGGUUGGCUAUGUCAGUGGGAUAGGUCGCAUAAGCGGUAUUACUAUCACAAUACAUCCACUGGGACGUCACAGUGGACUUAUCCCGAUACUGGUAUUGCUGGUGGCACUGAGGAAAUGGAAUUGUGCACAACUCCACCGCCACCAGAGUCUGAAGAGUUAUCGGUCACAGGAUCACCUGAAGCGAAAAAGGCGAAAGAGAAGCAAGCUGAAGAGAUGGACGAUAAUAAGAUAAGUGACGAAACUGUAACAAUAAGACGUCCUACGGAUUUGGAGGCACCACCCCCGCCACAGAUAUCUAAUCCGAGUCCACCACCACCCCCGAGAAUAUUCGCGGUAGACUUGAAGAAGGACAAGAGGAAAAGGGAAAAGUCCGACGACAAGUCCUUAGACGUAAAGAGGAAACGUUUGGGAAAAGAGAGAAUAGCAACUCUGGGCGCGACGCAGGCGGUGAAUCCUGCCUUAGAAUCUUUGUCCUACGCGCACCCACAAGCGGCCGUGUCACCGCAGACCACGAUACCUCCGAAUCACGCGCAUAUGGAACCUUUGCCACCGGGUGUGGACUUACCGGACACGUCCUACGAAGCGGCCACCCUCAAAGGAAUAAUAUACAACGCAGCGUCACAGCAAAGCAACGCGAUUUAUGCCCCUUCGAUAAGCGAUCCAACGAUACCUAUUCUAAGCCAUCAAGCGGGCCUGCUUCAGGAGCCAUUUGUUCAUUAUCCAGCCUUCCAUCAACAUUUACAUAAUACACUCGCAGUUGCGAACAAACACGGUGGACAAAGUGCAAUUCAAUUUAUGGUGGGAUACGCGCCGGUUUAUACGAACAACAAAAUCAUCGCCAAGCCUCCAGUCAAGGCUUCAAAGGAGUCUCUGGGAUCCGCUCUCGAUUCCUUUUAUAACGACAUCGCGCGCAUUGAGAGAACAGAAACGGAACGCACGGCACAGCAUCAGGAUACUGCUACCACUGUGACGGUAACGGAACCAGUUCCUGUCUUGAUUGAAGAAGCAAAACCAGAAACUGAACCGGAAGCUAUGUCCAGCGAUAUAACGAUGAAGGAACGGAAGAAGAAGAAGGCAAGAAUCAGCAUCAGCAAAAAACACAAAGAAAUGUCGACCAUGGUGGCGAAGUGGCAAAGGGUACAAAAAAAUCUAGAAGAUACUAUGUAAAUAAUAGAGAUCAAGUAAUCGAAGUAUAAAAUAUGUAAUUAAUUACUGUACGAUAAAUGAUAUGUGCAUAAGAUAGUUUUAUUAAUAAUUUUGAAUUUUAUUGUACAUAUAAGAUUUAGUUAUUAGACAUUUCUUCUAUCGUGAAAUGUUUUAAGUACGAUUGUUUUUAUGUAUGAUUUAAAGUGCGCACGUGUUUAUGAUGUUGCAUAUAUCACUUGUAUCACUAAAUGCAGUACUUAUCUUACGCACGACUGCCACGUAUCUGUUUAGCGAUUUGUCGCUUUGUGAUAAUUUUUGCGCGACGGAUCGACAGUAGUAAUUUCUAAAAAGUCGAAUUCCUAUAAAAUUAAUUUAUCGAGAUUAAAUUAAAUUUUGUAUUGUCCAUUUUUUCCUCGCAUGUGCGAUUGAUUUAGAGAGUAAAAUUUAGUUAAUAGAAUUACAUUAUUAUGUGAAAACUGCUUUGCGGUGGGAAAGUUGCAUAAAAGGAAUAAUCUAAAUGUUUUAGCAGGUUUAUAAUAAAGAGUUAAUUUUAAAGGAAUUGUUGACUAUCAUCGGCAUUAUUAUUAUCAUUAUUAUAGAGAUAUUGCUUUGAACCAAUGUAAAUUAUUUUUACAUACAUUAUACUAGACGAUAUUCUGCUCUACAUGAUAAAAGAAAUUAUACUUUGUAGAAUUUAUUGCAAAUAAGAUAAAUCGAGAAUAAAAUAAAAAUA